CGGCGCACGCCACCUCUCAGCCACCUCAGCCACCGCCAUCUGCUGCACGCUACACGUGACCUCGAGGAUGUAGUGGAGGAAAAAUCGUCAUUUUUCCUCUUCCUCUUCCUCUUCACCCGACCCAACUUCUCUGGGCGAGCGAAGAGGAAGACGACUGCCGUUGCGCGUAUAAUCAUGGCCCUUUCCAACCCCACCACUAAAAUUGGCGUCACUCGGCCUGUUCUUGCUCGUUCAGCCAGCAACUACCCCAACGGUCUCCCGGCACCGCCCAUCACUCCUUCGCAAAACGACCAGACCACUUCAGAGGCAGUUCUCGAGCUCGCGGAUGGAACCGCGUUUCGAGGCAUCAGUUUCGGCGCGGAGGGCAAGAGCGUAGCCGGAGAAUGCGUGUUCCAGACCGGUAUGGUGGGAUAUACUGAGUCCCUCACCGACCCGUCGUAUGAAGGCCAGAUUCUCAUCCUUACCUAUCCUCUCAUUGGAAACUACGGUGUCCCGCCUCGUCCUAGCACGAGCUCAGUAGAAGACAUUCCCCUCGACUUCGAAUCAGUGCGCAUUCACGUCGCGGCGGUGGUCGUUGGUUACUACUCGGAAGACUACAGCCACUUCCUCGCUGGCUCUUCACUCGGCGCAUGGCUCAAGGAGAGCGGGGUGCCCGCCAUCUACGGGGUCGACACCCGUGCCCUCACGAAAAAAAUCCGAGAGCAGGGCUCUAUGCUCGGAAAGGUCCUCGCCAAACGCGCAGAGGCGAGCCUCACCUCUAACGGUCUCGUUGUCCCUGGUCGCGCCCGCCUGGCCGGUUCGCAGCCUGAGUCGCGCGCCGAGUCGCCGACAAGCAUCGGCAGCGGUAAUUGGCGCGAAGAAUUCGUUGACAUUCCCUUCCGCGACCCGAACGGCGAGAACCUUGUCGCCGUCGUGUCGGUCACGGAGCCUCGCGUCCACAAACCCAUCGUCGAGCCGCGCAUGCAUCCCACCCAGCCGCGGCCUCUGCGUGUGAUCGCUGUAGACGUCGGCAUGAAGUUCAACCAGAUCCGUUGCUUCACCCACCGCGGCGUGGAGCUCAAGGUGGUCCCGUGGGACUAUGACUAUCUGUCAGAUUCCGAAGAGCCCUUCGACGGACUCUUCGUGUCGAACGGUCCGGGCGAUCCCACUACUGUGAAGCCUGCCAUCGCCCGAUUGGCGAAGGCAAUGGAGAACGCAGACCGGCCAAUCUUCGGUAUUUGUCUCGGUCACCAGCUUUUGGCUCUCGCAGCGGGUGCAUCGACGUCGAAGAUGAAGUACGGUAACCGCGGGCACAACAUCCCCUGCACGGACGCUCUCAGCGGUAGAUGCUACAUCACGAGUCAGAACCAUGGUUUCCAGGUGGACACGGCAACGCUGCCUGAGGGAUGGAAGGAGCUGUUCCGCAACGCCAACGACGGCAGCAAUGAGGGCAUCUACUGCGUGGACAAACCAUUCUUCUCUGUGCAGUUCCACCCGGAGUCGACCCCUGGUCCCCGGGACACUGAGUUCUUGUUCGAGGUAUUCAUCCAGAACAUUAUCGACUGCGCGAAGACGCGGACGCUCGUUCCCAUCUCUAUGCCCGGUGGGAAGAAGGAGGAUAACGAGAAGCGCGUCCCUCGAGCGAAUGUGCAGAAGGUCCUCGUCCUCGGGUCCGGCGGUCUGUCCAUUGGCCAGGCGGGCGAGUUCGACUACUCCGGCUCCCAGGCGCUCAAGGCGCUCAAGGAGGAGGGCAUUUACACCAUCCUCGUCAACCCCAAUAUUGCCACGAUCGCUACGUCGAAGGGUCUCGCGGACAAGGUGUACUUCCUACCGGUCACGCCCGAGUUCGUGCGCAAGAUCAUCAAGUAUGAGAAGCCCGACGGCAUCUACGUCACCUUCGGUGGGCAGACCGCCCUCAACGUCGGUAUCAAGCUCAAAGAUGAGUUCGAGGCGCUCGGUGUCAAGGUUCUCGGUACGCCUAUUGACACGAUCAUCACCACGGAGGACCGCCAGCUCUUCGCGAGUGCGAUGCUCGACAUUGGUGAGCGCUGUGCUCAAUCUAGCACUGCGACAACGCAGGAUGAGGCCGUUGCGGCGGCCAACACCAUUGGGUACCCGGUCAUCGUGCGGGCCGCCUAUGCUCUGGGUGGUCUCGGCUCCGGGUUCGCGCAGGACGAGAAGCAAUUGAAGGCGCUCUGCAGCAAGGCGUUCGCGACCAGUCCGCAGGUCCUCGUCGAGAAGAGCAUGAAGGGCUGGAAGGAGAUCGAGUACGAGGUCGUUCGUGACUGCCGAGACAACUGCAUCACGGUCUGCAAUAUGGAGAACUUCGAUCCUUUAGGCAUUCACACUGGCGACUCCAUCGUCGUCGCGCCCUCACAGACGCUGUCCGAUGCAGAUUACAACAUGUUGCGGACGACGGCAAUCAAUGUCAUUCGACACCUAGGCGUUGUCGGAGAGUGCAACAUCCAGUAUGCCUUGAACCCGACGUCGCGCGAGUACUGCAUCAUCGAGGUCAACGCUCGUCUUUCGCGUUCGUCUGCUCUUGCUUCGAAGGCCACCGGUUAUCCGCUCGCUUUCAUCGCGGCCAAGCUCGGACUCGGGGUCCCGCUCAACGAGAUCAAGAACUCGGUAACGAAGCUGACCAGCGCCUGCUUCGAGCCAAGCUUGGACUACGUCGUCGUCAAGAUCCCUCGAUGGGACCUGAAAAAGUUCAGCCGCGUCAGCCCGCUUCUAAGCAGCAGUAUGAAGAGUGUGGGUGAAGUCAUGAGCAUAGGUCGAACCUUCCAGGAGACCAUCCAGAAGGCCAUUCGCGCCAUCGACGACCAGUUCAAUGGCUUCUCGAAGAACGAUUUCGUUGAAGAUAUCGACGAAGAGUUGAUGAACCCGACCGACAAGCGCAUCUUCGCUAUCGCGGCUGCCUUCCACCGUGGCUACAGUGUCGACAAGAUCUGGCAGAUGACGAGCAUCGACAGGUGGUUCCUGACACAGCUGCAGUCAAUCUUCAAAAUGGAGCAACGCCUAUCGGAGCUCACUAUUUCUAACAUUGGCAACUCUGCGCUCAAGCAGGCUAAGCAGCUCGGCUUCUCCGACCGGCAGUUGGCCGCGUGCAUGGGAAGCACAGAGCUUGCCGUUCGUCGUCUUCGUCAGGAGACCGGCAUAAUGCCUUACGUGAAGCAAAUCGACACGGUUGCUGCGGAGUUCCCAGCAUACACGAACUAUCUUUACACGACCUACAACGCUAUCGAGCACGACGUGUCCUUCAACGAUCGUGGCGUUAUGGUCCUCGGUUCGGGCGUGUACCGCAUUGGUUCCUCCGUGGAGUUCGACUGGUGCGCCGUUCGUGCCAUCCGGACGCUCCGCGAGAACGGACUUUCCACUGUCAUGGUCAACUACAAUCCGGAAACCGUCAGUACGGAUUACGAUGAGGCGGACAGGCUGUACUUCGAGAACAUCAGCUUGGAGACCAUUCUCGACAUCUACGACACCGAGUCCUCUCGCGGCAUCGUCUUGUCUAUGGGAGGACAGACGCCGAAUAACAUCGCUCUUCCGCUGUACCGACAGAACGUCAAGAUCUACGGGACAUCGCCGGAGAUGAUCGACACUGCGGAGAACAGGUUCAAGUUCUCUCGUCUGCUCGAUGAGAUCGGUGUCGACCAACCUUCCUGGAAGGAGCUCACGAGCUACCAAGACGCGCAAACAUUCUGCGAGAAGGUUGGGUACCCUGUGCUGGUCCGGCCAUCAUAUGUUCUAUCCGGUGCUGCUAUGAACGUUGUGUUCAGCGAGAACGACCUCUCGAGCUACUUGUUGCAAGCGACAGCCGUUUCGCGCGAACAUCCUGUCGUGAUCACCAAGUACAUCGAAGGCGCGAAGGAAAUCGAGAUGGACGCCGUAGCGAAGGGCGGCAAGAUGAUUAUGCACUACAUCUCGGAGCACGUCGAGAACGCGGGUGUCCAUUCCGGCGACGCCACUCUCAUUCAUCCACCUCAGGACCUGGAUCCGGAGACGGUCCGCCAGAUUGAAGAAGCGACUGCGAAGAUUGGGAACGCUCUCAACGUGACCGGUCCAUUCAACAUUCAGUUCAUCGCCAAGAACAACGAGAUCAAGGUCAUCGAGUGCAAUUUGCGCGCUGCUCGCUCGUUCCCCUUCGUGUCCAAGGUCACUGGCGUGGAUGCGAUCGAGAUGGCUACGAAGGCUAUGUUGGACUUGCCAGUCGAGCCGUACCCUUACAUCGGUCUGCCGCCUGACUACGUCGGUGUCAAGGUGCCGCAAUUCAGCUUCAGCCGUCUAUCAGGAGCCGAUCCAGUGCUAGGAGUCGAGAUGGCGUCCACAGGCGAAGUCGCCUGCUUUGGCAGAGAUAAGUCUGAGGCGUACAUUAAAGCCCUGAUCUCCACCGGUAUCGUCCUCCCCAAGAAGAACAUCUUGUUUUCCAUUGGUGGCUACAAAGAGAAGAUUGAGAUCCUCCCGUCGGUGCAGAAGUUGCAUGCUGCCGGGUACAACAUUUUCGCCACGUCUGGUACCGCGGAUUUCCUGAUGGAACACAAUGUUCCAUGCAAGUACCUCGAGACUCUCGCGGAAGAAAGCGAGCAGAAGUCCGAAUACUCCUUGACGCAGCACUUGGCCAACAACUUGAUCGACAUGUACAUCAACCUCCCAUCGAAGAACCAUUACCGUCGACCGGCUAGUUAUGCCAGCAAGGGUUACCGUAGCCGUCGUAUGGCCGUCGACUUCGCCGUACCAUUGAUCACGAACGUAAAGGUUGCGAAGCUAUUAGUGGAGGCUCUGGUUCGCCGGUUACCCCUCGACGUCUCCCCUGUAGACGCGAAAACAUCCCACGAGACGUACACCUUCACUGGCCUUGUCAACAUUGCGACCUUCGUUCCUGGCCUGACCCUCCCUGAUAGCUUGGACUUCUCGGAUGCCACCCGUGCCGCUAUUGGGGGCGGCUUUGUCACAGCCCUCAUCAACCCUGUCGGCCAGGGAAACAGAAUCACCGAUCCUGCUUCUCUCGGACGAGCACGCACCAAUAUCACAGGCUCUGCAUACUGCAACUAUGCCCUUGGUAUCACCGCGACCGCCGACAACGCGAAGCUGCUGGAUGACGAGCUUCAGGCCGACGUGAAGUCGCUCUUCAUUCCUUUCCGCUACAACGCGGCGGAUAGUUCUGUCUCUUCUCUUGCCGAACACUUCGCGUCCUGGCCCGUCGACAAGCCUAUCGUCACUGACGCGAAGGGUUCUGACCUGGCGCCAAUUCUUCUCGUGGCUGGCCUGCACAACCGCAGCCUUCACGUCACGAGCGUGCAGAGCAAGGAAGACCUUCUGCUCAUCUCUCUCAGCAAGGCGAAGCAGUCAAAGGUGACCUGCGACGUCUCCGUCUACUCUUUGUUCUUCUCUCGGCAAGACUAUCCUGUUGCGACGUGUCUGCCAUCGCUAGAGGACCAGAAAGCUCUGUGGCAAAGCCUGGAUGUGAUCGAUGCCUUCUCCGUCGGGACCGUCCCGUAUAAGCUUGCGCAGGAGAUCGGAAAGGAGGCCACAGUAUCGUCGGGUCUAGAGGAGUGUCUUCCCCUCCUGCUGGACGCCGUCGCACAUGGUCGAUUGACUAUGGACGACAUCCGCCAGCGAUUGCAUGACAACCCCAUCAGGAUAUUCGGCUUACCAGAUCAAAGUCAUACGAGUGUCGAGGUUACCGUCGGCCGUAAGUCGCAAUACCGGAACAAGAAAACUUGGUCCCCGAUGGAGGGGAAGCUGGUCGACGGCGCCGUCGACCGCGUGCUAGUGCACGGUCAGACUGUCUACUUAGACGGUGAGAUCACCUCCGUGCCCAUGGGCAGGGAUAUCUCAAGCGCCACGAUCACUCAUGCCUCAGAGAGGAGGAUGUCCGUGACUGGACCGAGGCCGGAAGUUGGCGCUGCUGCGCCCAAGGUGGUAGAUGGAGCUAGUCAGCCUGUACCCCCCUCAUCCACUGUGGUUCCCCUCCAAGGACCGGCGCCACCCGCUUUCAUCCACCACGCUCCUCACCCAGCAUUCCAUCGGCGGCAUAUCCUCUCUGUCAAACAGUUCAGCCACCGUGAUGUACACGACCUAUUCUCGCUCGCGCACGAGAUGCAGCUGCAGGUCGAACGCAACGGUACGCUCGACAUCCUCAAGGGGAAGGUUUUGGCUACUAUGUUCUAUGAACCGUCUACGCGCACUAGCUCCUCGUUCGAUGCGGCCAUGAAGCGCUGUGGUGGUGAGGUCGUCAGCGUGAACGCAGAGAUGUCCUCGGUACUGAAGGGUGAAAGCCUCCCGGACACGAUCCGUACCUUGGGCUGCUACGCCGAUGCCAUCGUAAUCAGGCAUCCUGACGUAGGCAGCUCUCAGUUGGCUGCGAAAUUCUCUCCUGUACCGAUCCUCAACGCUGGUGACGGCAUUGGGGAGCACCCAACCCAGGCUCUCCUGGACACCUACACCAUCCGUUCCGAGCUUGGAACUGUAAACGGCAAGACGAUCACGCUCCUCGGUGACCUCAAGAACGGCCGCACAGUCCACAGCUUGGUCACACUUCUCUGCCUCUACUCCGUGCGCCUGAACUUCGUGUCCCCGCCGUCACUCGCAAUGCCCGCCCACGUCGUCUCCGCCGCGCGACGCGCAGGCGUUCAUGUGCACGUAUGCGAGUCACUCGAGGACGUCCUUGGUGAGACAGACGUGUUAUAUGUGACGAGGUUGCAGAAGGAGCGCUUCAAGGACGAAUCAGAGUGGAUGGCUGUCAAGGACGCGUACAGGAUUGAUCACGCGCUCCUUUCGCGGGCAAAGGAGGAGAUGAUCGUCAUGCACCCCCUGCCACGGGUCAAUGAAAUUGAUCCUGAGGUCGACUUCGAUUCUCGUCGCGCUGUCUACUUCCGACAGAUGCGUUACGGGCUAUUCAUUCGCAUGGCGCUCUUGGCCAGCGUGAUGGGCUAAGUCUUCAAACAAAAGUCUGGCCUGUAGGCCGCGUCCGCUCAACGUAAGCAUCCCAAGUAACACCGGUCUUUCAAGCAUUCUAGGGAAGGAGAUCAAGGCGUUUAAGAAAAUGAACAAUGUAUCUCUAAUUACAAUGCGAGAGGUAGAAGAAGAGGUCGUUU